AUGGACAGAGAAUGGGGAUCGAAGCCAGGAGGCGGAGGCGCCGCCUCGGCCCAAAACGAGGCCAUAGAUCGCCGUGAGCGUCUCCGUCGUCUCGCUCUCGAGACCAUAGACAUUGCGAAGGAUCCCUAUUUCAUGCGAAAUCAUCUCGGAAGCUAUGAGUGCAAACUAUGUUUAACGCUGCAUAACAACGAAGGGAACUACUUGGCGCAUACUCAAGGGAAGAGGCAUCAGACCAACUUGGCUAAGAGAGCUGCUCGUGAGGCCCAGGAAGCUCCUACUCAGCCUCAGCCACAUAAGCGUACAGUCUCUGUUCGCAGAACAGUUAAAAUUGGUAGACCAGGGUACAGAGUUACAAAGCAGUAUGACCCCGAGUUGAAGCAGAGAUCUCUCUUGUUCCAGAUUGAGUAUCCUGAAAUAGAGGACAACAUAAAGCCCAAACAUCGUGUCAUGUCUUCAUUCGAGCAGAAAGUUCAACCUUAUGACAAGAAGUAUCAGUACCUUCUUUUUGCUGCUGAACCAUAUGAAACCAUAGCCUUCAAGGUUCCUAGCACAGAGAUAGACAAAUCAACCCCAAAGUUUUUCUCUCACUGGGAUCCAGACUCGAAGAUGUUUACUUUGCAGGUGUACUUCAAACCCAACAAACCAGAACCAUUCAAGCCUCAGUCCACAAUUGAAUCAAAUGGUCUUCUGCCUCCACCACCACCACCGCCUCAAGCUCAACCGCCACCACCUCCAUCUGGUUCAAUGCCACCUCCACCACCUCCGAUGGCUAACGGUAGUGCUCCCUACCCACCACCUCCACCACCACCAUCUGGAGGUUACAUGUGA